GCGACUGCACCUACAUAACAUGGUAUUCGACUACUUUGACAAGUAUAUUUUUCUAUGUGAAAUGUAUGAUGAAGAAACUGACACAAUAGUGGAACUGGUCCUCAACUUCUUUCCUUUUGAUAAUUCCGUUCAAGUAAUUGAUCCUGAAAAAGGCAAAAACCUACUUCGUCGAGUCCAACUACCGACGCUAACGAUGGAGAUGCUGCAAAUAGGCAAUAUAGUUAACAUAUUUGCUAAACUGAUUCUUAUAAAAGAUUGUGCUCCCAUCACGAAGCGAACUUUGUUCAACAAAAAUGAGAGUACAUUUGCUUUGAUCAAGCCUGGUCCACCGAGCGACCACGGAAAAAUUCUGACUUACAUAAUGAAAAAAGGCUUUAGAAUCGUUCGCAUCAAAAAUGCCAAAGUUACUAAAGAGUUAGCUAUGGAACUUUAUCAAAACUGUGCUGGAAGCGACAUGUUACCUAUCAUAAUAGACUACAUUACAUCCGGCGAGGUGGUUGGUUUGGAGUUGGUAGCCCCAGACGCUGUCAAAUACUUCCGCAGUUGCUUGGGUGCCACGGAUCCUAAAAAAGCCGCACCCGGGACCCUAAGACAACUCUACGGGCAUAAUACAUUAAGAAAUGUAGCGCACGGCUGCAACACACGAGAGGAGGCUGCAAAGGUAAUAGACUGGUUCUUCGGCCAAGAAAACAAUCUUCCUAAAAUACCAUAUCAAGCAACUCUGAAAGAUUGCACGUGUUGUGUCAUUAAACCCCACGUAUUGACCGAUGGACAUCUCGGACACGUGAUCGACCGAAUAAGUACCUCGGACAACUUCUAUAUUUCUGCGAUGGCGAUGUUUUCAGUGAAGGUUCAGGAUGCCAAAGAGUUCUACGAAAUAUAUAAAGGGGUUUUGCCUGAAUACGAGGACAUGUGCAUUCAUCUCACAGAAGGUAAAUGUGUCGCUUUAGAAGUGAAGUGUAACAAACCAAACAUGAAUGUUGUUCAAGAAUUUAGGAAGUUUUGCGGACCGCGUGAUCCGGAGCUGUGUCGCCAGCUGUAUCCCGACUCCCUAAGAGCACUGUUUGGCAAAAACUACGUGCACAACGCUGUACACUGCACAGACUUGGACGAUGACGCAGAAUUGGAAGUAGAGUACUUUUUUAAACUCUUGGCCAAUAUUAAGGAUUGAUGCGCAUUAUCCGCAACUUGAUAUUUAUCAUCGAAUAUGCUUUUUUUGCUACUUGUCAUUUUUGUAUCUUCUUUAUCAAACCUAAUUAUUUUUUUUUUCAAUCUUUAUGGUUAGAAAAUUAUGUUGUGGUACUUAUUGUUGUAAUUAAAUACUGGCUGCGAAGGUAGCGAAGAGUGUUGGUGGGUGUUGUUAUUUUAUGACACUGGUUCCAUCAAGAGCGAGUAAGCGAUGAGCUUUCGGCGAUAGAACAAAAAAUAGUCACUCCCGUAUUUUUUUUGUUAUUUAUCGCUCGGCGACUAACUACCUAUAAUUUGGGAGCGACUAUCAUUUGUUCGUCGCCGAUAGUUCAUAACUUACUCGCUUCUGGUGGCACCAGUGCCUAAAGGCUAUACAUGAAUAUAUGACUUAUGAUUGAAGAGUUAAUUAAUUAUAAAUGUAAUACAAAAAAUGGGGUAUUUUUUUUGUACAGUAAUUUAUUCCACCAAAUCAUCAAAAUCCCACAAACGUAAAUAAAAGCUGGCACAUACAGUUCAGUUAGGUUGCAUUCCCUCUGUAUCGAUCGGCCCUAAUAGUGGACAUAGGGAGAGCGUGGGGGGUAAACAUCGUGAAGGUCCAGUUGCAUAAACCAUAAUCGACAGACAGAUUAAUAUACAUAUGUAAUGAAUGUACACGUGCGGAGCAAGUUGAUCAGGCGUUUUGGGCAAUAGUGAAUCUCGUGACGCAACGCUAUGCGCUUGGUGUCCUCAACUUAUGGAAAUUCAGGAAAAUUUUGGUGAAAAUUAAGGUACACUUUUUUGUCUUUGUAUUAGCUUAUGAUCACUUCCUUAAAUAUUGCAAGUUAUAAAAAUUACACCCUGUAUGGAUAUUAUAGGUCCAGAGCUAGCUCUGCCUAUGUCAGCAGAUGUCACAAAGGGAGUUAGAGAGAACGUAAAAGAGGUGGAAGCACAAAGAGAAAUUUGAAACAAGGUAAAGGCAGUUUAGACUACUGAAAGGUUUUAUUACUGGUCAUAACACAACAGAAUCUGAAGGUAAUGUUGUCACUUACUAGUAUAAUGUAUUAUGUAUGCACAUGCAACAUAGACA